CCUACCAACUAAGCCAACUCGAUAUUAAUGAGAGAACUCUGAAAAUUAUCACUUCUUCCAGGAUAAAGGAUGAGAACACUGAUGUUUGACUUCCGGUGCAAGCAGUAAUAAUCUUCAGAUGCAAACUUAAGGUACCUCGUGAAACUUCUCGUGCUUCAUCUCAGUGUCCUGAAACAAAUGCAUAAAGAACUAUGCACAUAUUCACUGUUACUACUGAUUAACAUAUGAUCUUAUCUCCAAGCAAAUAUUUAAAAUUCAUUGUUGCAAACACUCAGCAGAGCCAACACAGCCAAGAGCUUCAACUGUCUUGGACUCGUAUGUCAGCAGAAUGGUUUAUUAUGUUCCAUUAUUGGGGAUUCCUUGUGGCUGGUGAUGGGUAAGCCUGGAGAAACACAGCUUGACUUGCACAUCACAGGCUCCUCUUUAGCCCACUGUCCUGAAGACAAGAGGUUCUGGCUGAUUAGGAGUCUCUAUUAGCAAUUCAGGUUUGCUGGAGAAUGGAAGGUGUUGAGUUUAAAGAAGAAUGGCAAGAUGAAGAUUUUCCAAGGCCCCUGCCAGAGGAUGAUCCUGUUGAGUCAGAUAUAUUGGCUGCAGCUGGAACAGAAAGUGAAGCUGCUAGUAUAGAGGUUAAUGGAACCAAAGUGAGGAAGAAACUAAUGGCUCCAGAUAUUAGCUUAACUUUGGAUCACAGUGAGGAAUCUGUUUUGUCUGAUGACUUGGAUGAGAGUGGAGAGAUUGAUUUGGACGAUUUAGAUACUCCUUCAGAAAAUAGUAAUGAGUUUGAAUGGGAAGAUGAUCUUCCAAAACCAAAAACUACUGAUGUAAUUAGGAAAGGAUCACUUACUGAAUACACUGCAGCGGAGGAGAAAGAUGAUGGUCGACGCUGGCGAAUGUUUAGGAUUGGAGAACAGGACCAUAGGGUGGACAUGAAGGCAAUUGAACCAUAUAAAAAAGUUAUCAGUCAUGGUGGUUAUUAUGGUGAUGGGUUAAAUGCCAUUGUUGUGUUUGCUGUUUGCUUUAUGCCUGAAAGCAGUCAGCCUAACUACAGAUACCUAAUGGACAAUCUAUUUAAGUAUGUAAUUGGCACUUUAGAGCUGUUAGUAGCAGAGAACUAUAUGAUAGUUUACUUGAAUGGUGCAACAACACGGAGGAAAAUGCCAAGUUUCGGCUGGCUUAGGAAAUGUUACCAGCAAAUCGAUAGAAGGUUAAGGAAAAAUCUGAAAUCAUUAAUCAUAGUUCAUCCUUCUUGGUUCAUCAGAACACUUCUGGCCAUCACAAAACCUUUUAUUAGCUCAAAAUUCAGCCAAAAAAUUAGGUAUGUCUUUACCCUGGCAGAACUAGCUGAACUCAUCCCCAUGGAAUACGUUGGCAUCCCAGAAUGCAUAAAACAGUAUGAAGAAGAAAAGUUUAGAAAGAAACAGAAAAGAGUUGACCAAGAGCUGAACGGAAGACAAGAGCAGAAAAGUGAACAGUAAGUUUGGAGUCCAGACAAGACUGAAGAAUAUGCAGAUGGAAUGAUGUUAUUUUUGCUCCAUUUAAAAUGCAUUCUCUGUGUGUAUAUGUUAUAUAACCUGUUGCAAAAGGUGCUUCAUUUCUUUGGACUAGCACACAGUGGGCUGCUUACUGCUGUAUUGGUUUGUCUUGACUUUACUAGCUAUGUUUAUGUAACCAUUUUAUUCUGCUAAAUGUCAAAGAACCCUAUGUUUUCAGAGGAUGUUCUUGCAAUUGUUUAUCUAAAUGAUGCAUGUUCUUCAGUAAAAUAUUUAUAUACCUAAAUGUUAAAGGAAAGAGAUAAUAUAUAUUUUUAUGACUGAGCAAUAUAUUGUGUGUACCUGCUGAAGGAAUUCAUUUGCAGGUAGACAAGGCCUUAAGUUACUUGUUAUUGUAUAAAUCUGUUUUGCUGUAAAUGGUCAAGUGCAUUUCUUCGUUGUCACAGAAACCUUAAUUUGUUUGGAUAUUAACAAUCACAUAAUACAGUCUUUCACAAGUGUG